AUGACCAGAUACAACUUGGCCAGGCUCACGCCUGCGCUGGCUCUCUUCGGGCGCGCUGCUGCCAUCCCCUUUGUGUCAGACGCUACGACUACUGUGUCAUCGGCGGCACCAACGACACUCUUGCCAGUGCCCGUCACCAAUGUCACCUCCCAUGGUCCGUACACAGGCCCGCCGCCAACCACCACUGGCGCCUUAUCCACCGAUGUUCUGGCCCCGUCCAUCCCUGCUCUCCCGCCCUUGCAGCAGAAGUACGACUAUCCAGCUGAUGGCAAGCUCCACGCACCGGAGCCGGCGCCAUACACUCCGAAUGACGGCUUGGGGACGAAUGGUAGCGCACCCGUGUACCGCGUGCAGAGUGACUUCGACUACCAGUCCCUCGCUCUGGCUUUGUACCAGGAGUGGAUCGAGCUUGACCUCUUCCACCAUGGGCUGGCCAAGUUCUCCGAGGAGGAAUUUGAAGCUGCGGGCCUCACGGCCAAGGACCGCUAUCUAAUCCAGUUCAUGGCGGAGCAGGAGGUUGGUCACGCGACGGUAGUGACCAACAUGCUUGGUCCCGAGGCACCCAAGCAAUGCACUUACAACUACCCCUACACCACUGUCCGCGAGUUUGUCGACUUCAACCAGAAGCUUACCCGCUUCGGAGAGUCUGGCGUCUACGGCUUCCUCAAUCACCUCGAUUCGCGCGAGGCGGCGACUAUCCUGCUACAGUCCAUCACCACGGAAGCUCGCCAGCAGAUGAUCUUCCGCCAGUUCAACGGCCAGUUCCCGAUGCCCGUGUGGUUUGAGACCGGCAUUCCGCAGUCGUGGGCAUGGACUCUGCUCGCCCCAUACAUCUCGUCGUGCCCCGAGAAUCAGACUCGCCUGAUCUGGCAGAACAUCCCCAAGCUCACCGUGCUCAACCAGCCCAAUCCCGCUAGGACCAAUGGCAGUAAUGUCUGGAAUGACACUAUUCCUGGUGAUUACCUCAACACUCUCAGCACUGCUAACAUCAGCUCAAUGGCGGCUUGUGGCAAUGAUACCUGCGCUCCCGCCAUCACUAAUAAUCGCUCUAUCCCCUUGUCCUACCCUGGUCGUCAGGUCUUCCUGUCCUGGGAUGAUCCUGGCCAAGCUGUUGGUCCCAACAACAGUUACGUCACGUCGACAACUGCGGGUAUGCCCAAGUUCGCUGCGUGGGUGUCCCAACUCAACGUUACUUAUUCCCCGCUUGAGUACAUCAGUGGCAACUCGGCGUACACUAUUCAGCCCAACGUUUCCACAAUCGAGGGUGACCCGGCCAUCAAUGGUACCAUGUUCCUUGCCGUGACGGAUUUGGACUUAUUUGUAACCCCAUUCAACAUAAGUCAGAUCAAUCCCCACGUUCGCGCCUUGACCAUUUACCAGGCUGGCUAA